ACCUGUGGGAUUACGUUUAUUUACUCUGUGACUGUAUAAACAGAAACGUCAAAAAUUGCAAGAAACUGUAUUCUGUAUUUUUACCUGUGAAUGGCGGCAAUAGAGAAAGUCAAAGUCGUCGUCCUUGGUGAUUCUGGAGUAGGUAAAACUUCUCUAACUUAUUUAAUAGCUCAAAGUAAACCUCUUCUGUCGCCGGGAUGGACGAUUGGGUGCUCUGUAGAAGUGAAGUUGCACAAAUACAAGGAGGGAACUCAAGCACAAAAUACAUUUUUUGUGGAGCUCUGGGAUGUCGGUGGAUCAAAUGGUCAUAGAAACACUAGAAAUGUAUUUUAUCAACCGACACAUGGUAUUAUAUUGGUGCAUGAUCUAACAAACAGAAAAAGUCAAUUGAAUUUACAAAAAUGGCUGUUAGAGAUUUUGAAUCAAGACAGUUCCAACCCUACAUUGCAGAAUGUUGACGUGGAUCCGGAACAGUUCUUAGGCUCGACGCAGAUUCCGAUCCUCGUAAUUGGCACUAAAUAUGACUUAGCCGAGGAGAAGCAAAGGAAAAAUCAGUAUAGACGUCUGGCUAGUAGCAUUGCAGAGCAAUGUGGCGCUGAUGAGAUUUUCGUUAACUGCCAUCAAGCCCGAUCUCUUGCACCAGGCACCGGUAAUUCAGUGAAACUAACCAGAUUCUUCGACAAGGUGAUAGAGCGGCGCUACUAUUCCCGCGUUAGUCCGUUCUCUGACAAGCGACGAAUACCAUCUUACAUCAUGGCGGCUUCGACGCCACUCUCCAUCAACAAACCGCCGCAGUACCUUAGCCCCAGAUUCUACCAUAUGGAUUGAUUGUUUCUGUUAUACCUACCAUUCCACGUCUUAAAAAUAUAAACUAUUUUACU